AUAAAAGCCCGUCGUGGUAAAAGAGAUUCAGGGCAGAGGGAAUCUCCCCCACAAAGUGUGGUACCAUUUCCCAGAGGAGCCAAAUGGAUGAGAAGCCUUCCACCAGGAAAGUUCCUGAAUUCUGUUCAUUACGCUAUGGACUGGCUCUCAUCAUGCACUUCUCAAACUUUACCGUGAUAACCCAGCGUGUGAGUCUGAGCAUUGCAAUCAUUGCCAUGGUGAAUAGCACUCAGCAGCCUGGUUUAUUCAAUGCCUCCACAGAAAGACCUCUUGCAUUCACCCUCAAUCGCUCCAACAGAUCCACCAAGGAGUUUAAUUCGGGAGCCUCUGUAUAUGAAUGGAGCCCAGAGACUCAGGGUAUCAUCUUUAGCUCCAUCAGCUAUGGGAUAAUACUGACUCUGAUCCCAAGUGGCUAUUUAGCAGGGAUAUUUGGAGCAAAGCAGAUGCUUGGUGCUGGUUUGCUGAUCUCCUCCCUUCUCACCCUCUUUACACCACUGGCUGCUGACUUUGGAGUGAUUCUGGUUAUUGUGAUUCGGACAGUCCAGGGCAUGGCCCAGGGAAUGGCAUGGACAGGUCAGUUUACAAUUUGGGCAAAAUGGGCUCCCCCACUUGAACGAAGCAAGCUCACCAGCAUUGCGGGAUCAGGGGCAGCAUUUGGGUCCUUCAUCAUCCUCUGCGUGGGGGGACUAAUCUCACAGACAUUGGGCUGGCCUUUUAUCUUCUACAUCUUUGGUAGCAUUGGCUGUGUCUGCUGUCUCCUGUGGUUCAUGGUGAUUUAUGAUGACCCCAUGCAUCACCCAUGCAUAAGCGUCAGGGAAAAGGACCACAUCAUGUCUUCACUGGCUCAACAGUCCAGUUCUCCUAGACGAUCUGUCCCCAUAAAGGCUAUGGUCAGAUGCCUGCCACUUUGGGCCAUUUUCACGGGUUUUUUCAGCCAUUUCUGGUUAUGCACUAUAAUCAUAACUUAUCUACCAACGUACAUCAGUUCUGUGCUCCAUGUCAACAUCAGAGAUAGUGGUGUUCUGUCCUCCCUGCCUUUUAUUGCUGCCUCAAGUUGUACGAUUCUAGGAGGUCAGUUGGCAGAUUUCCUGCUGUCCAGGAAUCUUCUCAGAUUAAUCACCGUCCGAAAACUCUUUUCAUCCCUAGGGCUCCUCCUUCCAUCACUGUGUGCUGUCGCCCUGCCUUUUGUGGCUUCCAGUUACACAACAACUAUUAUUUUGCUGAUACUUAUUCCUGGGACCAGCAACCUGUGUGAUUCAGGAUUCAUCAUCAACACCUUAGAUGUCGCUCCCCGGUAUGCAAGUUUCCUCAUGGGAAUCUCAAGGGGAUUUGGGCUCAUCGCAGGAAUCAUCUCUUCCACUGCCACCGGAUUCCUUAUCAGUCAGGAUUCUGUGUCUGGAUGGAGGAAUGUCUUUUUCCUUGCUGCUGCUGUCAACAUGUUUGGCCUGGUUUUUUACCUCACAUUUGGACAAGCAGAAAUCCAGCACUGGGCCAAAGAGAGGACUCUUAGCCGUCUCUGA